CCUUCUACAUAAUACAUCAUUUGUCUCCAUCUUCAUCUGCAAAAGAACAAACACUCUAUAGUCUAUUCACACACACACACACUUGAGCCGUCUUCAAUGAGCACGGACUGGGGAACGGUGAUUGUAGCGGUGUCUCUGUUCAUCCUACUAUCACCAGGACUACUGUUUCAGAUUCCAGCGAGAACGAGAGUGAUGGAGUUCGGGAACAUGAGCACGAGCGGUAUAGCCAUUUUGGUUCACGCAGUUAUAUACUUCUGUAUUUUCACGAUCUUGGUGGUAGCUAUACAAGUUCACAUCCAUUUCUGAUCUCUACUCUUCUUAUAUCAUGUAUAAAUGUAACAAAAUGAAGGGAGGUUUAUUGCAAACUCUAAUGUAAUGUACAAAUUUCUCUGAUAUUCCUCCUUUCCGACAAA